UCCAAUUAUUUGUGUAUAUACAUUUCCCACAUAGUGAUUACUUCAUUAAUUGUCCCGCCUUUAUCUCCUCCCUUCCCAUCCCCCCUAAUAAUCAGUUCUUUUAUCCAGACCAACAAACACACCAUAGGAGCUUUGUGGAUUCAAAGGAUUUGCUUUCGCUUCUGAAAGAGCCGCUAUUCUUUGAUGAUUGGGUAGCGGCAAACUUCAAAGCCAUAAAUCUUCCCUCUGACUGGCUGGCGGCCCAGCAAAGUCCUUAUCAAAUUCUUGGAGGUGAUCCUGAAGCGCUCAGACCUCGCGCGGGGCCAGCGAGCGAGGAGCGACGAGCUGGGCGCGGGCGGGGAGGGCUCAGGGCUCCGGCGCGCAGAGCGGGCGCCGGGGAGCCACACUGGGCGGCUGCGCGUCCUCGCCUUCGGGUGUCCAUGCCUGCGCGGCGGCGCCCCGCUCCGCGGCCAGCGGUCCCCAAGCUGUAGCCAUGGCCGCGGUGGCCGUCCUCCGGAACGACUCGCUGCAGGCCUUCCUCCAGGACCGCACCCCCAGCGCCUCCCCGGACCUGGGCAAGCACUCGCCCCUGGCGCUGCUGGCCGCCACCUGUAGCCGCAUUGGCCAGCCCGGAGCGGCGGCUGCGGCCCCGGACUUCCUGCAGGUGCCUUACGACCCGGCCCUGGGCUCGCCUUCCAGGCUCUUCCACCCGUGGAGCGCCGACAUGCCCGCGCAUUCACCCGGCGCGCUGCCGCCCCCGCACCCUAGCCUGGGGCUAACGCCUCAGAAGACGCACCUGCAGCCGUCCUUUGGGCCUGCGCACGAGCUCCCGCUCACGCCCCCAGCCGACCCCUCGUACCCCUACGAGUUCUCGCCGGUCAAGAUGCUGCCCUCCAGCAUGACAACCCUGCCCGCCGCCUGUGCGCCCGCCUAUGUGCCCUACGCUGCGCAGGCCGCGCUGCCGCCUGGCUACUCCAACCUGCUGCCCGCGCCGCCACCACCAGCCUGCCGCCAGCUGUCGCCCACCCCAGCCCCCGACGACCUCCCGUGGUGGAGCAUCCCGCAGUCGGGAGCCGGCCCCGGGGCCUCCGGAGUCCCGGGUGGUGGCCUCUCCAGCGCCUGUGCCGGGCCCCCCCACGCACCCCGCUUUCCAGCUUCAGCGGCUGCGGCCGCUGCGGCAGCUGCAGCCUUGCAGCGUGGCCUGGUGCUGGGCCCGUCGGACUUCGCGCAGUACCAGAGCCAGAUCGCCGCGCUGCUGCAGACCAAGGCCCCCCUGGCGGCCACGGCCAGGAGGUGCCGCCGCUGCCGCUGUCCCAACUGCCAGGCAGCGGGCGGUGCCCCCGAGGCGGAGCCGGGCAAAAAGAAGCAACAUGUGUGCCACGUGCCCGGCUGUGGCAAGGUGUACGGCAAGACGUCGCACCUGAAGGCGCACCUGCGCUGGCACACGGGCGAGCGGCCCUUCGUGUGCAACUGGCUCUUCUGCGGCAAGAGCUUCACGCGCUCGGACGAGCUGCAGCGGCACCUGCGGACUCACACGGGCGAGAAGCGCUUCGCCUGCCCUGAGUGUGGAAAGCGCUUUAUGCGCAGCGACCACCUGGCCAAGCACGUCAAGACGCACCAAAAUAAGAAGCUCAAAGUUGCAGAGGCCGGGGUUAAGCGAGAGAAUCCGCGGGAUCUGUGAGCCCACCCUGGGGCCACUCUUGCCUCACGCCCUUCCCAGCACCUAUGGAAAGGGACAGGAGGACCUGGAGCCUGUGGGCAGCAGGCACUCAGUCUCAGCGGACGGGCUGCCCGCUGCCGGCCUCCCAGAGUGGAGCCAGGCCUCUAGCUGUCCAGGUCCUGGACAGAGGGAGGGGCAAGGGUGGCAGGGUUGGAAAUCGAGGCUGACUGGGUUAUGGUUGGGAGCUCAGAGUUAUGCCAGGGUAGCUCCAAAUUCCAGCCCCUGAGACCAACCACUGUUGGUCACCACUCCGAGCUGGUUGUUAUGCAGGCAAUGCUGCUGAGUCAAAGUGGAGGGACCUUGGGACAUUUGAAAUGGUGCUUGGGUUUUCCCUAAGGCUGGUUCGGGCUUUGUACAGGUUAUUUAAUAGCUUUGUUAAAGAGUAAUUAUAAUAAUUUUAACAUUAAUAAAAUGUUUCUUUUGUCCUCAGCUCCAUGCAGAGCUACAGCAUGAUAUAUCUCUGUAAAGCAAUCAGCAGUUGCAGCGUGAAAAUAAAUACGUUCGCUCCAGGGUCACCUC